UCAGAGUGGUAAAAAACUUCGUAGGCGCAAGAUCGUUUUGAAAAAGUUAACUCAGAUAACGCGAAGAAGUUCAAAAAGUGUUUAAUGUGCGAAAUUUACAACGUUUGUAAUUAGUGUUACUAAAAGCUAAAUAUUGUGUGUACUAAGAAAGUGUCAAAAAACAAUUUUUAUUCGAGAAUUCAAAUUAAUAAAAGUACUACGAUUUGGAAUAAAGGAAAAUAUGAGAUUUUCUAAUACAUAUUCAGUGGUCGUGUUCGGCAGCCUGCUGUUGGCGAUGUGGUUCGCCUUGACUGCCUCGCAGAUACAACCGCGUGAGACGAAUACCUGUGAGGGUCGCCAGACUACCGGUAAUAUUUGUGAGUCAUGCGAAUUGCUGUCCACAUGCGUGCGUAACUCCAGCGGUUGGAUGACAAUCCCCGUUGAGAUAUGCGACACCGCCAAGGGUUACUACUGCAAUUCACGUGCCGGCAUGUGCAGCAAUUCGACCGGACCGUGUCAUCCCUUCGCAAUGGAUGGCAAUUUUCCAUGCACCUCGCAGGGUAUCUUCCCCGAUCCGUACGAUUGUCAGAAAUAUCACAUGUGCUACUUUGCGGGCGUCACUCUGGUGGCGGUAACAAUGGAAUGUUACGGUAAUAAGGCAUUCAAUGUGGCGACUGGUCAAUGUACGGCCACACUGCAAGAUUCCAUCUGCUUGUUGCCGCAAUUUCAAUGUGACAAUGUUGGCGAUGCGCAUCCAUGGCCGAAUAGUCCGAAUGUUUUCUACAUUUGUCGUGCGCUUUCGCAGCAAGAUGAACGUGUACUCUAUCCAUCGCUUUAUCGGUGUUCUGAUGGUGAGGUCUUUAACGGUUAUGGCUGUCAACAAGGCAACACACAAUUGGAUGUCACAACAAGAUCUCCCACAGCGGUAACAACAGUAACAGCGGUUAGCGGUUCAGGUACUGGCAGUACCACAACGAUGUCACCUUCCACUGGCAGAUGUUUGGUGGCUGGUUUAUCGGCCGAUCCAGAAGAUUGUACCAAGUACUAUUACUGUUCGGCGGUGAAUGGAGUUCAGCGCCGUCGCAGUUGUCCAUCGGGUACUCAUUUCAGUACUCGGUACGUGUCUUGUGUCUUGGGUGCAUGCGGCAAGUAAUUGUUUAUAUUCUUAUAUUUUGAGUAGUAAA